CAAGGUUCAUGCAAAAAUAUGUAUUCCACUCAACAAUCCCAGAAUGUUGUUGGAACAUCAACAACAUCCACUUUGAUGGCUCCCUGUGCUGCUGCAAGAGUUGCCCAAGAGAGCUCAGGAAACACCUGGGAUCCCCUGGCUGCAGUGGUCCGACAGAUGGAUUCUAACGAGGCACAUAUGAUAUCUUCUUACCACAUUAGAUUACCCCUAGACCAAGAAACAGGUGAUUUGGUUGCUGAUGGUGGUCUCUCAUCCUGUGACAAUGGAAGAUCUCAGGAAGACAAGAGUUCUUUUGCUCCCUGCCAUCCACAUGUCCCUGCAAGUAGCAAGCGUAUCACUGAGACAAACAUCAAAGGAAACAAGAGGAAGAGUCAAGCCGAGUGUGGUGCUUCAACAUCCCAGUCUCUAGAGGAAAGAGUUCAAGCUGAAGAACAGCAUGAUGUUUCAUUUGAGUCUGGCAAAGCUGCGACAGGGAAAGAUGGGAAGGAACAGAAGAAUGAAGUCAAACGAGGUGGCAACAAUCACAAGAAUGAUUGCACUCAUGUCAGGGCUAAGCGAGGUCAGGCAACCAACAGUCACAGCCUUGCAGAAAGAAUUAGAAGGGAAAAGAUCAGUGAAAGGAUGAGACUUCUCCAGGAUCUUGUUCCAGGGUGCAGCAAGAUUAACGGCAAGGCAUUGAUGCUUGAGGAGAUCAUCAAUUAUGUGCAGUCAUUGCAACGCCAAGUUGAGUUCCUCUCAAUGAAGCUUGCGACUGUAGAUCCAGAACUGAACUUUGAUCUUGAUCAAACUCUUUCUGGAGAUGUCCAUUCAUGCUAUGGAGGUUCAGCUGUUCUUGCAUUUGGUCCAGGAAUGAGCAGCUUCCAACCUCAUUUGUAUGAAUCAACAUCACAAAGAGUCACUCAACCUGAAAUGUUCUGCACUGCUCCCAGUCCAGGGGACUUGCUGCAAGCCUUCCUCUCACAGACCAAUAUUUCUCAGUUAGGAGGUGCAUGGCAUGAUGAGUUCCAUUCCUGAAGAAACUUCCACAGAGCUGAAUUUUACUAAUUCAUUGGUAGGUGGCCUUAGAUCACUCUUAACUUUUAGGUUCAGCUCAUGAAAGUUUGUCUGGCGGUACAGAAUCCUUCAAGAAUCUGUUCAAAGAUUUCAUGGGCUUUUGAAUCAUGAAGAAUGUCGGAUGUAUACCAUCACAUUUUUAACCUUUGUCUUCCUUUUUUUUGGAUGAAUUCAUCACAUGGUAUAUGAAGGCUGAGGGCAUGAUCAGCAGCUUGUUUCUGGUUCAUCCAUGAAGGUCUCCCAUUUUUUUGUUGGCAUCAAAACAGAUGAGUUAUACGUAAGAAUUGACAUGGAACUUUUUUAUUGUUCUAAGAGAAAAAGAAGUGGAUGAGUGAA